AUGGAUAUUAAAAAAUUUUCAGGAUGCAAAGAUUACAUGUGGGCAGUUAAUCUACAUCGUAUAGGUUUGGAAAUGGUGGGCUUGUGGCCUAAUCCCAACAAAUGUACUAAAAAAAAUUUAUGGCCAGGAAUUUGGGUUAACAUCGUUUUCAAUUUACUGAUAUUUGUUUCUAAUAUUCCGAUGAUAUGUGGGAUUAUACAAGUUUGGGGUAAUAUGGUAUUCGUCAUAAACAAUUUAAGGUCAACGUUACCCCUGCUAACAGUAACAGUGAAAUACGUUAUUAUACGAUGGAAACGAACAGUUCUCCUGUUAAAUGUAAAUAUGAUGGAAGAAGAUUGGAUGGCAUUCAAGCUGGAUGGAGAAAGAGAUGUGAUGAUAAAACGAGCACACACAGCGCGAUUAAUUAUGACGAUUGGAUAUGUUUUAGUGAUAAUAUCGUUUUUUACAAUAAUUAUUCUUGCUUAUUUUGGCUUUCCCGUAAUGUAUGUAACGAAUUCCACAGAUCGGCACAAAUCGUUGCCAUUGAAGACGUAUCACUUCUACGAUAUAGAUAGAAGUCCACAAUUUGAGUUGAUAUUUUUCAUUCAUACCAUAACGAUCUUGUUAUUUGCUAUCAUUUACAUGUCUGUAGAUAUUUUUCUAGUAGUAAUGAUUCUUCACAUUUGUGGCCAGUUAGAAAAUUUUCGAUGUCGAUUAAUUAAUUUAAUUUCAUGCAAAAAUUUUAAUAAAGUUUUAAACAACAUUGUAGCGACCCAUCUACGUCUUAUCAGGUAUGAAUUUUUAACAAUCGAACUUUUAACAGAAUUGCUUCAGAAAUUUUAUUAA